AAAAGAAAAUGUUUAAGCGUAAGCCAACUUCUCCAGUACCACCACCACCACUUUCAUUUAAUGACAUUUUAUCAGAUUUGAGCCGCUUACAAGCUUACAAUAAGCAAGCGCUUGGCAAAAAAAUAGAUAUUUUAGAAAUAGUCAAUACCACUGAUAGUAAUAACGAAAAUAAUAAAACCGAUGAAUCUGGAGAAAAUUCACAACCUCUAAAGUUCACAACAGCCUCAUCACUUAUUGAGCAUCUAAAUAAAUUACCAGCUGCUAACACUCCAAUAUCUUCAGAAACACUCGAUGCUACAUAUGAUCUUUGUACAAAUUUUAUAAAUGCCAAUGAUCAAUUACUUGUAUCUCGCAGAGAUCUCGAUGGAUUAGGUAUAGAUAUUGAAAGACUGAGGAAAGAAUUAAGCGGGAUAACAGAAACAUUAAAUGAUAAUAAUUCUACGUAUCUUCCAAGAUGUGAUCAACCUAAUAACCAAUCAGAAAAUGAAUUUGUUAUGAGGAAUGGAAAGAUGUCUUCACAAUCUUUCACGAAAAAAAAAGAAAAUAAAAAGUUGAGCACCAGAAAAUCCUCUGGUAUCAUACCACUUCCGAUUUCUGUAUCCAAUACUAGCUUCUUCACAAAUAUAUUUACAACUUUUUUAGCCAAUCGCUUUCCGUUUUUACCCCACUAUUUUACUAGUAGUAUACAAGAAUCACGCGUAAAAACGCGAGGCAAUUUUGAUGCUAAUUCUAAUUCAGUAAUAGUCUCGGAAAAGCAAGCUAUACAAAAGUUAUGGAAGCAAGGAUUUUUUGGGAAAGGAAAUUUAUCAAGAAGUGAGCCUACUUUUGAAUGGAGAAAUGGAAGGAAAGAUAGCAAGGACGUUAUUGAUGUUAGUGAUAAAGGUAAUACUGAACCGACCCCUCUGAUAGACACACUAGAACAUUUACAACUUACAACAGAAGAAGCAUUUUUCUUAAGUUUCGGACUUGGAUGCUUGGAAAUCUAUGAUGCUAAUGAUAAUUUGAUGACUACUCAUGAUUGUUGGAACGCGUUUCGUAUAUCUUCCGUAUCCAAUAUCGCUCUUAAUGUUCCUCAGGAUUCACCAAUAACACAAUUAGAUAAUCCAUUCAUUCUUCAAUAUGUUGUAUAUCAUUAUUUCCGUAGUUUGGGUUGGGUUGUUAAGGGCGGUAUGAAAUUUGGAUGUGAUUAUGUGUUAUACGAGAAAGGGCCUGAAUAUAAACACGCAGAAUAUUGCGUGAUAGUACUUCCAUACUAUCUUUCUGUUACCAACAAUAAGAAUAAUAAUAACUUCCGUCAUAACGUUACGACAUCUUGGCAAUUAAUGUCAAAUUUGAGUAGAGUUUGUGUACAAGUUAAAAAGUCAUUAGUGUUAUGUUAUGUAAUUAUUCCACAAUCACUGCCAGAAUCCAGAUCAAAUUCGCAAACUCAUGAACAAAUUCAACCUUCAACUUCCUCAGAUAAUAACCAACAUCACGUUAACGAUGAAAAUAAUUAUGGUACUAUUGAUUUGAACAACCCAUUCGAAUGUAUAAAACAUUACAAAAUUAAAGAAGUUUUAAUAAAAAGAUGUACGCCGGAAAGGGUCAAAUAA